AUGGAGCGGAAAGGUGAGCAGUGGAGCGGCCUCCGCCACGAGGGGCAACGGCCGCCGGGGCGGCCGGGUCAGCGCCGGGAGCUUUGCCCAACCGCCGCCGUCCGGUCCCCGGGCGUGCGGCGCCCCUCCAGUGAGGUGGCGCCGCCCCUCACCCCGCGCCUCUGGGCUGCCGGUCCGCGCCCCUGCCCCCCGUCCCCCGGCGCCGGCGGUCACCGCCCCUUGUUCCCCGCCGGGCCGGCUCGCGCCUCGGGGCCACUCCAGGGCCCGGCCUUCGGCGGGCGAAGCAGACUCCCGCCCGUCCGCCCCCUGACCCGGCCCGAGCCCCCUCCGGCGCCUCCCGCCUGGGCGCUGCUCGUAGCCCCAUGGGCCGCCAGCCCCCCAGCCGGCCGCCUCGCCGGACCCACGGCGCUCGCCCCGCGGCUGCCCCUCGGGCAGGCCCCACAGCCGGGCCUGGCGCCCCUGCUGGGUCUCCACCCUCACCUUGCUCGCCUCCUUUCCUCCACAUUCGCCCUUCAUCCAUCCCUCUCUCCUGCAGUGCUUGCGCUCCAGGCCCGAAAGAAAAGGACCAAGGCCAAGAAGGACAAAGCCCAAAGGAAAUCUGAAACACAACACCGAGGCUCUGCUCCCCACUCUGAGAGUGAUCUACCAGAGCAGGAAGAGGAGAUUCUGGGAUCUGAUGAUGAUGAGCAGGAAGAUCCCAAUGAUUAUUGUAAAGGAGGUUAUCAUCUUGUGAAAAUCGGAGAUCUGUUCAAUGGGAGAUAUCACGUGAUCCGAAAGUUGGGCUGGGGACACUUUUCAACAGUGUGGUUAUCAUGGGAUAUUCAGGGGAAGAAAUUUGUGGCAAUGAAAGUAGUUAAAAGUGCUGAACAUUAUACUGAAACUGCACUAGAUGAAAUCCGGUUGCUGAAAUCAGUUCGCAAUUCAGACCCUAAUGAUCCAAAUAGAGAAAUGGUUGUUCAACUACUAGAUGACUUUAAAAUAUCAGGAGUUAAUGGAACACAUAUCUGCAUGGUAUUUGAAGUUUUGGGACAUCAUCUGCUCAAGUGGAUCAUCAAGUCCAACUACCAGGGGCUUCCACUGCCUUGUGUCAAAAAAAUUAUUCAGCAAGUGUUACAGGGUCUGGAUUAUUUACACACCAAGUGCCGUAUCAUCCACACUGACAUUAAACCAGAAAACAUCUUGCUGUCAGUGAAUGAACAGUACAUUCGGAGGCUGGCUGCAGAAGCAACAGAAUGGCAGCGAUCUGGAGCUCCUCCACCUUCCGGAUCUGCAGUGAGUACUGCUCCACAACCUAAACCAGCUGACAAAAUGUCAAAGAAUAAGAAGAAGAAAUUGAAGAAGAAGCAGAAGCGCCAGGCAGAAUUACUAGAGAAGCGAAUGCAGGAAAUUGAGGAAAUGGAGAAAGAGUCGGGCCCUGGGCAAAAAAGACCAAACACGCAAGAAGAAUCAGAGAGUCCUGUUGAAAGACCCUUGAAAGAGAACCCACCUAAUAAAAUGACCCGAGAAAAACUUGAAGAAUCAAGUACCAUGGGCCAGGAUCAAACACUUACGGAACGUGGUGUAGAGGGUGGUGCAGCAGAAAUUAAUUGCAAUGGAGUAAUUGAAAUCGUUAAUUAUACUGAGAACAGUAAUAAUGAAACAUUGAGGCUUAAAGAGGAUCUGCAUAAUGCUAAUGACUGUGAUGUCCAAAAUUUGAAGCAGGAACCUAAUUUCCUAAGCUCCCAAAAUGGAGACAGCAGCACAUCUCAAGAAACAGACUCUUGUACACCUGUAACCUCUGAGGUGUCAGAUACCAUGUUAUGCCAGUCUUCCUCAACUGUAGAUCAGUCAUUCAGUGAACAGGACAUCAGCCAGCUUCAGGAAAGCAUUCGGGCAGAGCUACCCUGUGAAGAUGAACAAGAGCAAGAACAUAAUGGACCACUGGACAACAAAGGUACCUGUGCAGAUAUACUUCCCCAACAUUUCCCGUACACACAUUCAUGAAUAUCUCAACCAAAAGUAUCCCUGUUUUUUUAACUAGAUCUUUAUAGCAGGUGUCUCAAAUUAUUUUCACACAAACAUUUCACUGAAGAUAUUCAAACAAGGCAGUAUCGCUCCCUGGAAGUCCUAAUAGGAUCUGGCUAUAAUACCCCUGCUGACAUUUGGAGCACGGCAUGCAUGGCCUUUGAACUGGCCACAGGUGACUAUUUGUUUGAACCUCAUUCAGGGGAAGAAUACACUCGAGAUGAAGAUCACAUUGCAUUGAUCAUAGAACUUCUGGGGAAGGUGCCUCGCAAGCUCAUUGUGGCAGGAAAAUAUUCCAAGGAAUUUUUCACCAAAAAAGGUGACCUGAAACAUAUCACGAAGCUGAAACCUUGGGGCCUUUUUGAGGUUCUAGUGGAGAAGUAUGAGUGGUCUCAGGAAGAGGCAGCUGGCUUCACAGAUUUCUUACUGCCCAUGUUGGAGCUGAUCCCUGAGAAGAGAGCCACUGCCGCCGAGUGUCUUAGGCACCCUUGGCUCAACUCCUAAGCCCCUGCCCAGCACCGCAGCAGAGAUCGCACACUGACCCUCUAACCAUCCCCCCUCCAAGCAUUUUCCUCUUCCCUUUUCAGGGUGAAGCUCUUCCUUCAGGGUUUCUAGAUUUUUUUUUAAUCCAACAUGUUCAUUUGGGUUUGCUUACUUGACCAUGUGGAAGUCCCCACAGCCACUGGGCAUCCUAGGUGAAUUUGGCCUUGGCUGGGCUCUGCCAAAGACUAAUGAACUAAAAUGUGAAACAGCCUCUCACCCUGUACCCUUGCCUUUCCACUAGGACAUCCUUUAAAUUAUAAGCAUCCUUUUUAAAAAGAGCUAUGAAGAUCUAUGAGCCCAUCCUUUUAUUCACUGACUCUAAGAGUCAAAUUUUCUAAUGCAUAUCCUAUUGCCAGCAUAAGGAUGAGGAGGGGAAAGGGUGUUAAUUCUUUGUACAGCAGAGACAUUAAACUUGCUGUAUCCAGGCUGCAUCGUCUUCCUGGAUUGUUUCUGUUCUCUGUGUUCACAUUUUUUCCUGCAACUUCUAAGCUACUAUCUUUUUUAAUGAGCUGUAUAAACACCGAAUUUGGGGUACCAUUUUAUCACUGUUCAAAGCACUGUCGAAUUCCUUUAAUAACUUUAAGAUCCUUGAAUCUUCAGUCUGAUUUUUAAUGUAAACAAAAAUGGAACCAUUGACUAGUAAUUUCUUGAGAACCUCAGGUGUUCUGUAAACAGUCCUUUCGUAUGUGUCUUCCGUUACCCUAAGAGCACAAUUAUUUUGAUGGGCUGUUUUGUUUUGUUUUUUGUUUUUUUAAUCCCUGGCUGGCACUUUACUCAUUGCACUUGAGUUUUUUGCCCCAUAACUAAAGAAUCAGAAUGACUCUAGAAAAGAGAUCUGGGUUUCAGAGCUUUCCCAUUUAAGAAUAUGUCCUGGGGUUCUGAUUCUUUUCCAAACAGUCCCUGCUUUUAUUUACAGCUUUUAUUUUACCUUUCCCAAAAUUCUGGCCUUGAAGCAAUUUCCCUCUGUGGCUUUGCCUUUCUCAUUUUCUCAGAGAUUUGGGGUCUUUAAUGAAACCCCACAUUAAAAAAACCAAGGGGAGGGGUGGAAUGGCACUUUUUUGGUUGAUUUUGUUUUGGUUGGUUUGUUUUUAAGAUUAGCCAUUCUCUGCUGCUAUUUCCUUGUAUAAUGUAAGUUUUUAACUGCAAUUUUGAGAUGAUUGAGAUGUACUUGAGACUUUUUUUUAAUGAGAAAAGGCUUCGUGAAUUUUAUUUUAGAAUGGGCCUCUCCUAGACUUGCUGUAGACAUUAUAUAUUCCUCAUAAUAUUGAAAAGCAAAAAAGGGGCAGGAUUGGGGUCACAGCUGCUUGUUCAGCAUGGACCAAGUGAGCCUUGGGGAUGACAGCAUUCUCCAGAAGCAGCUACUGGACUCUAAUUUACAGAAAGCCAAGGAGGUGCAACUUGAGGCUCUGCUGGCAAGCUACCGGUGAGACUGUUGGGCAGCCACCUUUCUAUACGGGAGAUUGGAAUCUAGUUUGUCACUUAGCCACCAACAAUGACAAAGGAAAAGUGGUGCCAUUAUGCAGUCCAUUUAACUCAUGAGCAUGUUACCCUGAGUAACGGGCCAGCCAUUCAUCGGAUCCUGGAUUGGGUACUCCCGAAAUCAGACAUGUUUCUGUAGAAAGAAUGUUAAGCCUAGGCUGUCUAUGCACCUAUCAAGAAUAAAGAGAAUAGAUUUUAUCGAACAACGGCAGGGAAAUCCUUCAGCAAUUCUAAUCCACUUUGGGUUUUCAGCUGUAUUUAUAUCUAAAGCAAUAGACUAGAACUGAAUUCUCUUCUACAUUGUAAAAUCACAACUGUGGGAUUACAGGAAUUCUGGUGAUGAUAUUAAGGUGAAAUAACCAAAAAACACCAACAAACAAAAGGCCCUAUUUUAACAAUUGACUUGAUAGAAAAUUUUAAUAGGAGAGAGAACCUAUAACUUUAUUUUGAAAAUGUUUCCCCACCAAAUAAGGGCUUUUCCUCUAAAGGAGCCAGAUGAACUCCAAGAUGUAGAAGAGGCAGCUGUAAGACUUGAUCUUCCAGUUACCCCAAGUCCCUUUAUUGAGCUUGAUCAUAAUACUGUCAAAUCGCCAUGAUCUCACUAAAGGAUUUUGCUGUCAGAAAUAAAACCCCGAAUACGUUUUUAUUCUUUCUACUGAGUGCAUUGUCUGUUUUCUUUGUAAAUGCAGUACAAUAAACAAAUUAUUUAAUAAC